AUGCCUUACGAUUCGAACUGGCUCAGGCAUCUUGAGGAAGAACGAGGACGCCUGGAAGCACAGCAUACUGAGCUCGAGAACCUCCGACAAGAGGGACAGAAGGAAUACGAUAUGUUGGAAGAAGAACUGAAAUCCCUGCAUGAAACAAUGACCCGCUUAUCCAAUGAGCUUCAGAUGCAGCGGGACAAGCACGCCGACAUUAUGACGCGUCAGGUGUACCUCAUAGACAGGAACGAAACACUGUCGAAGCAACUUGACAAGAUACAAACCACACUCGAUGAUCUUCAUAUUGGUGUACUUCCGAUACAGGAUUUUCCACAAGAUAUUCUUCGGCUAAUCAUCACGGAAGGGGCGAGCCAGAAUCCGAAGUUCCGAUGGACCGCCAUGGGUACCUGUCGCAUUUGGCGCGCCGUUGCCUCGUCGACGCCGAUGUUAUGGUCUCAUGUUUGUGUGCAUCUUGGAGAUGAGAGGGAAGAUAUGCUCGAAGUCACUCGCCGGACGUUUCAGCUGGGAGGUCAAUCAUCCCUCGAUCUUGAACUUCGCUUUGGCCCUCGACCAUAUCCCCGAAACCCUUCACAGCCGCUUCAUCCGAACCCACCCCCAUCCAAUGCAUGGCAUGUGUCUACACGGCCGGGAACUUGGGGUGUUUCUCACGAAGUUGCCCCAUCGAUAGCACCAGCUCACGACUUGGCGUGGCAGUUCAACGAUGGUGUUGAACGUGAUAUCUCAAUCAUGAACCCCAAUUACGGCCUCGCUUGCGAUUAUAUUGACUUGAUAAUACCAAAUGUGGCAAGGUGCAAACGUCUUCUUUGGUGGUUCGCCGUGCGACCAUCGCCUCUGUUCGGUAACUGGACUUGGGACACAUGCUGGCUAUAUCGGCGAAUGCGAGGUGUUUCAAUGCCGUAUCUAAAAGAACUCGACGUAUCUCUCGGUGGAUAUGGCCUCUCCGCUCAAAAUCUCGUCCACAUCACUCUCCGCGACUGCUCCUCCUGGCAUCCUUUGCGGACAACAUCCCUCACAAGCUUGGAAUUGUUCGAAUCUCAAGUCGACUUGGACAGCAUUCUGUCCACGCUGGACAAACAGCACUCCCUUGUGUGCUUGAAGAUCUUCCACUGCCGUAUCACAACGACGGCACGAGAAUUAGGCUCUCUGGAAGGGGACCCGGCUCUGGAACAGAGGUCCACCGAGGACAAUAGACCACCAACCCCAACUGUGCUCCGUUUGAGUAUGCUGAAGGAGUUCACUUUCUACUCUAAUGCAAAAUAUAUCGCUGGAGAAGCUCACCUGUUCCGUCGGGUCAGGUGUCCGAAUCUUAUGCGGGCGGUAAUGCAAUGCAAGAACUGGGAGGCGGUGAUGGCGGAAGUGGCCGGGUUUCUGCUCGGGAGCCCCUUGCUCGAAGAUCUUGCGAUGUCCAUCAAUUCUCCUGAUUCUCUGGCCAUAUUUUUCCAAACUCUGACGUCCGUCAAAAGAUUCGAGGGCAUUGGGAGGUCGUACAGGACAGAACUCGGAGCGCGGUUUCUGACAGCCGCAUCUGUGCCGGGCACGCUACCCCGGCUCAACCAGUUGGGCUUAGAUAGCCCCGCUCCUGCAGCAGAUUUCCUGUCAUGGGUCCGAUGGCGGCAGGAGUCUGAUCUUCAACCUCUCACGACGUUCCGAGGGUGUCUGACCGUUUUGACUGAGGAUGGUGAGAGCGAUGAAUGGGCCGACGACAGAUGGAUCGAUGGCCUCACAGAACUGGGUGUCGAGCUGUUAGACGAGAGUUGGGGGUUCCAGAGUAAUUAG